AUGGACAGUAAAUUGAGAUGGCGCAGUCAGUCUGUCGACCUAUCUUACCUCAUUGACCACGCGCGCAACACAGAGAGUUCGAACCAGAAAGGCAAGGCGUAUAGUAUGAAUGCGUUACUAGCAGAUACUGCGCGGUCGAUACUGGUCAACGAGAUGCAUGGCGUCGACAUGUUGCUGCAAGCUGGCACGGCGGCGCCAAAUCGCCGCCUUACGCCCAAUGACGAUGCACUCCCAUCUUGGGCGCCCGACUGGACUAUCCCAGAAGACCCCUUGCACCACGCCUUCCUCUCCGCCCUCGCCCUACCACUAACAAGCGCAGCUGGGCUCCAGCGCGCCGUCAAUCCCUUCUUCCUCCCCGACUCGCAUGGCAACGAAAACCGCAUUCUCGUUCUAUCAGAUUCUGAGCGAUUCACUGUAACGUCGACUGCGAUCGGGCGCCAGGGCGAUGAGGUAUGGAUUUUUGAUGGUGUCAAGUGGCCACUACUUAUGCGGCAGGAGUAUGGUGGGACGAGGGUCUUGCUCGCGCCUGCUAUGGUACAUGAGAGCCAAGGCAUGGCGGUGCCGGGCGUCAUGUUCGGGAAGGAUUGGGAGAGAGAAUGGAGGAGGGAAGCGUUGCAGAUUGUAUGA